AUGGCAGGCAAAGUCAUAGUUAGGCAGUCUGUUCAAGAGGAGUAUCAGAAGACUGGCAUCAGCCCCUCUGACAUCGCAACCUUACAACAAUGGUUGAAGACUCAACCACAUAUGCCGGAACCAUAUAUAACAGAAUUGGACCUCAUCCUCACAUACCACUCCUGCUGUCAAAGUAUGGAAGUAUCAAAACAAGUAUUGGACUUACAUUACACGCUACGUACUCUAUUUAAUAACUUGUUCCUGAAUAGAAUCGUCGACGAAAAUAUUAUUAAGAUACUAAAUGUAUUCUUGAAUGUCCCUCUCGCGGUCCCAUCCACCGACAACUGUAAGGUUGUCUACUUGCGACUAAUUGACACUGACACAAAGAACUUUGUCUACAUGGACUUGGCCAGAGUGGUCAUCAUGCAAAUUGACCUCCUGCAGUUAGAAGAAGGUACAUGGCCAGGACUGAUAUUAUUGUUUGAUUUAGACGGUGUAACUUUGGGACACCUUGCUAAGUUGGACCUGUCGACAGUUCAACAGAUGAUUUAUUAUCUGCAGGAAGCUAUGCUGGUAAAACUCAAAGGUUUACAUUUUAUGAACGCAACGGCUAUUAUGAAUCGACUGUUAUUGAUUAUAAAGCCAUUCAUGAAGAAAGAGCUUAUUCAGAUGCUGUUCAUCCAUCCAUUAGGAGCAACAACUUUGGAGAAGUUCGUACCUCUUAAAGCUUUGCCGAAGGACGCUGGUGGAGAAUACAAAACAUACGAAGAAGUUAAAAAUGAAUGGAUAGACAAAAUGAAAGCAAAUUCAGACUUCUUUUUCAAUGAAAAUAAGAAGAGAGUUGCAGAGUCAUUAAGACCUGGCAAGCCUAAAACUAUAGCAAAUAUAUUUGGGGGCGUGGAAGGUUCUUUUAAAAAGUUAGAUAUUGAC